GCUGCUGCCGUGCCCGUUCUGCGUUCAGCUGCCUCCGCCUUCCCGCGGCCCAGUAGCCGCCGGUCAUGGGCGAGCGUCGGGCGGGAGCGGUCGUGCAGGAGGCUGGGACCGGGAGCUCUGCUCUGAGUGCUGCUGAAAAUGGCUUGGAUCCUGACGAGGAACCUCUUCUCAGAAAAAAUCCCCGCCGGUUUGUCAUCUUCCCCAUCCAGUACCCAGACAUAUGGAAAAUGUAUAAACAAGCUCAGGCCUCCUUUUGGACAGCUGAAGAGGUUGAUUUGUCAAAGGACCUUCCUCAUUGGAACAAGCUGAAAGCAGAUGAAAAAUACUUUAUCUCUCACGUUCUGGCAUUUUUUGCAGCCAGUGAUGGAAUAGUAAAUGAAAACUUGGUGGCACGUUUUAGUCAGGAGGUGCAGAUCCCAGAAGCUCGUUGUUUCUAUGGCUUCCAGAUUCUCAUUGAGAAUGUUCACUCAGAGAUGUACAGCUUGCUCAUAGACACCUACAUCAAAGAUCCUCAGCAAAGGGAUUUCUUAUUUAAUGCUAUUGAAACAAUGCCUUGUGUGAAGAAGAAAGCUGACUGGGCUCUGAAAUGGGUUGAAGACAGAGAAUCCACUUUUGGUGAGAGAGUGGUUGCCUUUGCUGCUGUUGAAGGCAUCUUCUUCUCGGGUUCCUUUGCUGCUAUAUUUUGGUUGAAGAAGAGAGGCCUGAUGCCUGGACUGACUUUCUCCAAUGAACUUAUUAGCAGAGAUGAGGGUCUACACUGUGAUUUUGCGUGUUUAAUGUUCCAUUAUUUAGUGAACAGACCAUCAGAAGAGCGUGUCUGUGAGAUCAUCACUAAUGCUGUUGAAAUUGAGAAGGAGUUUCUGACAGAGGCGUUACCUGUAGGUCUGAUUGGAAUGAAUUGCACUUUGAUGAAACAAUAUAUUGAAUUUGUUGCAGACCGAUUACUAAUGGAGCUUGGGUUCUCAAAGGUCUUUCAUGCAGAAAAUCCUUUUGAUUUCAUGGAGAAUAUUUCUCUGGAAGGAAAAACAAAUUUCUUUGAGAAGCGAGUUUCAGAAUAUCAGCGUUUUGCUGUUAUGGCAGAAACCAUGGACAAUGUCUUCACUCUGGAUGCAGAUUUUUGAUAACUUGGCAAACAAAUAGUGACUGUCUCCCUCUCCCCAUGUCACCUUCUGCUAUGAAGCUGUCUUCUUUUUGUCUCCUGGAAUUGGAAACUACUGCUAUUUUUUUUCAUGUUUUUUCAUGUUUUUUGUCCAAUGAGUAAAUAUAUUUGUCUCUGGGGGGUCCUUUAUAAAAAAAUUUAUAUGGCUUUUUUAGAAGGAUGGCCUUUUAAAGAUUCCCUUGACUCAUCUGCUGUGAUUGUUGAUUUUAAAAAUUACCUGGAUGCUACUUUUUAAGACGUUGGUGGUGUUCUAAGAAAGCAAACUGCCUUUACCUCAUGCUACAGUAUUUUAAUCUGAAAACUAGAUGAGGUAUCACUCCAUGUAUAUAAAUGUUGCUAUACAUUAUUUUAAUUUCUAUUUUUAUGUUUAUAGAAUUGGUCUAGGGUAAAAGCUCUUCCCUUCUGUCCUGCUGCAGAUAGAGUAAUAAGUGAAUGUGGGAAGACACUAAUAAGGUAUGUAAUAUAAAAUCUUAUUAAGCCUAGGGAUACAGUCUCCCCAUUAGGGUGGGUACUGUCCUAAAAUGCUUUUACUCUGUUUGCAAACCUGAUGCCUGUUGGUAGAAGUUUAAAUAAGAUACAUACAGUUUCUGUCUUAUAGCUCUUAUUGAGCAGGUCAGUGGACUUUGAAUGGUCUUAAAAAAAGCAAACCUGUUUAUAGUGGAUAAAACCCACAUCCUUUAGUUCUUUGACUUGUGCUGCCUCUUUCCCCAUUUCUCAGAACACGUGCCUUACUAAGCAGAGACUGUAGUUGUGCUGAGUUGCAAUUGGCAUCUGACACUGGGUGUUGGCAUCCAGCUCUGGGUGUUGUCUGUCUCCCUCUGUUGUGCUGGUUGAUAAGAUAUUCUGCCCUUCUUGGUUCCACUUGUGAAUUUAGGGGGUGAUAAAGCAAAGCAUUACAAGGGGUUAUCCCUUGAGGUGCUGCAAAAACACUACUGGAGCUAUAAGGAAGCACCAGUAACAUAUGAAGGUACUUCCAGUUGUGUGUUUACUGCGAACCAUUCAAACUUGUCACAGAAGAGCUUCUGGAGGAAGAUGCUAAACCUUUGAAAAACAAAUCUUGAAGCAGUAUGGAUCAGCAGUAUGGAUCAGCAGUAUGGAUCAGCUGUAUCUUUGCUUUUUCAUGCAUUUCAGCGUGUGCCUGAAUUCUUGAUUUCUUCAUUUCAAAUGCAGAGAAUGAAGCAGUUGAAUGGCCAAUGUACUGCAGUGGUACUUGGGAUGGAAGGGAUACUCUUCAGUUGUAGGUGCAUUAUUUACUAAUAGAUACGCUCAUUUUUUUCAAAGGUGAAGUGGCUGUACAUGAACCAGACAGAGGGUUCCACUUUAUUAUACCCAAGCAUUUUUUUUCAUAAUAUUCAGCAAUUUGUGUAAGAGCUUUUGUAAGUCUGUCUUAUGUUGCAGGCGUCUUAUGCUGCUUUUGAUUGUGCCUGGCAUGAGAUGACCUGACAGCUCAGGACUUUUGUUGAGGGGGUGCUGGUUUCCCUGCCAGCCCAGAUCAGUCAUAGCCCUGGAUACCCAAGUUCUAUGAAGCAAGUCCACUGCCAUAGUGUAGUUCCUGCUGAAUAAUCCUCCCUGUAGUAAAAAUGAACAGCAAAAAUGAUUCUUUUUGUUUGAUCUCAGUAAAAGAUCAUGAGUAAAUAAUGAGCAUGGAAACAGGACAGCUUUUUUUUCCUAUAGAAGAGUCUGCAUCAUGUGACACAAAGUAUUUGGGGGGGGGGCAGAAUGGGACUUGGCGAAUGCAGAGAAAAGGAACUGUUGUUCCUCUCUAAUACCCUGAGACUGCAAGAGAACUAUGCACUCAGAGAGAAAAUCCAGCACCUUUUGGUACUCCUGUGUUGAUGGGAGAGAAAGAGGAAAUGUUGCAAAUGGAUCUGUUGUUGGACAAAUGGAACUUAUUUUUAUGUCACUAAAAGUACAAGAAAGCAUUUGCUUUGAGUGUUGUGAAUUAAGAUGAGAGUAUGCAGAAUAUUCAGAUAUGAAACUGUUAUGUCCUCAGGUUCUGUAAAUGCAUCUGAGAUACCAAAGUCUGGCACAACAGCUCCUACUCCAUUUGAGUGUAAUAUGUGUAUAUAGUUUCAAUAAAAGUUAAAAGUGGGAGGAGCAUG